AUGAGAACAAUAUUUCGGGCGUUGGUAUCACGGUACUUGUUGGAAGCUGUCUUUUCGCGUAUGCCAAAAGACAUAGAACACUUUCGAGCCAGUAUGAAUCCCCACUUGCAAGGAUAUCCCGAGAAGAUUGAUGAUGCGGUGGAGAAUUAUUUCUGUCUCCAGAACAAUAGCACACGUUUUGUCGACAACCCAAUAAGAACUGGAUACGGAGAUCUAUGUUAUUUCCCAGAUAAUUUUACCUUUCAAAAAACUGGCAAGGAAUUAGUUGACGUACUUCUACCUCUGUGUCUUCUCAGUGGCAAGACUCGACAAGAAAUCGUCACUGCUUGCACUUCACUGUGUACCGAAAUUGCUUUUCUAGCCAGCGAUUUGAAUCUCAUCAUCAAAGCCAGACCUCGAUCACCGGUCACAUUUUAUAGUCCUGUGCGAGGUGAUGUUGUUUCAGAGGAUAAUGCUCGUUUAUUCCAUGACAACCGGAGACAAUUUGGUGAGGUACAAAUAACGCUAUUGCUCGGUAUCAAACCUGCUGGCAAUCCGUCGAGGCCUUAUGCUGCUGCGCGAGUCGAGCUCUUGAGAGAUGACGAGGCAUAG